AUGCCUCGUGUAGCAAAAUUAUCUACUCCCUCCGUAGUAUCUAUCAGCACUGUUGUGCCUAACUUUAGAUGGAUCGAGAUCUCCCUUUUCUUGCUAGCUUUAGUUUGGUGGGUACAGAAAGAAAGACGAGGGAGGGAGCAACGGAGGAAUGCCCUGCAACAAACAAACAUCAUCCAAACCACAGUUUUGGAUGCCGCUUCCGGAAAGCGUGCUCUGCCCACCAACUCAGUUCAACACUCCAAGUCCAAACGAGCGGAGCAUCCGCGGUUUGCACCCAAAACCGUGCGUGGCCGCCACCUUUUUGCCCGCUACAAAUACACGGCUCAACUCCACGUCCUGGAAACAUCAAGCAACAGACAGCCAGCCAGCCCAUCUCAUCUCAUCUCGCUCGAUCGCACUCCUUGUGCUGAGCCGUUUCAGCACAAGACCACGGCGAAGAUGUCGUCGACGGCCACCGUCACCCGCGCCCACCUCGAGAACAAGCUCGCCCUCGCCAAACGCUGCUCCAGAGAGGCGACGCUCGCCGGAGCAAAGGCUGCAGCCGUCGCCACCGUCGCGUCUGCGGUCCCAACGCUGGCGAGCGUGAGGAUGCUGCCGUGGGCCAAGGCGAACCUGAACCCCACCGGCCAGGCCCUCAUUGUCUGCACCGUCGCCGGGAUGGCAUACUUCGUCGCCGCCGACAAGACCAUCCUCUCGCUGGCGAGGAGGCACUCGUACGAGAGCGCCCCCGACCACCUCAAGGACACCUCCUUCGCUGGCGCUGCCGCCGCUCGUCCCCGUCCACCGGCAUUCUUCAGGCCUUGAGCUACUGUCCUGCUAAAGUAUGAUACGCACGCUUGCCGUUGUGCGUAUUCUAGAAAAAACGCAUGCACCGUUGUCUGUCAGUGUCCCAAGAAACUGCUGCGGCAUGAAUAUCUGCCGCCGAAAUGUAUGCACAUGCUUUACAUC